AUGGCGCAACCAGCUACAGCCGCCAUCGUGGUGGCGAUGAUCUUCGUGGCUGCCUUUGUGCUCUUCUUCGGGUACAAGGGCUACAAGAAGUAUCACUACCACAAACAGAGGAAAGCCAUGCAGGCAGAACUUCCUCCUAUACGCGAACCUCCUUCAAACUACUUUCUGGCUGCCGGCGCUACACCAUCAGGAGGCUCGCCGCUCUCUCCUCCUUCGACCAUCGGAACACUGUAUGGCGAUACGUGGGGUAGGAACAGCUGGCGUGGAAGCACUUCCAAAGCCAGCCUGGGUGGUAGAGGAUACAGCGAUAUGGGAGGAAGGAGGAUGAGCUCUUCUGGAUUGUUGGGCAGCCCAGGUGCGGAGGCUGCCUUUGGAGGCUCUCAGACUGGUGCUGCAGCCGAUGGCUCCGCGCCAGCUUCGCCACUGAGUCUUGGCGUCGACGCCGUUCUCCCAGCUGCUCCUGGAGAAGCGUACGAUCAUUCGAGAGGGAUCAGCAGCACUAGCACUAAUGCCCUCAAGAGGAGCUACGCAGGGAGCGUCUAUUCUGGAGCUGGCGGUGGACCAGGCUCGGACAGGGGCGCAACGGACAUGUAUCUGCCCCCACGCCGACAAUCCUACCUGCCACACUUACCGUCAAAUCGGGAAAGCAUCCAAAUAGUGCCUCCUCAACCGCUGGGCUUCGGCUUGGGCGGCAUGGCUCAAGCGACAGACGAAAAGACCUUGGCCUUCUCCACUGUCAGUGGUAUCGGCAGCGAUGGGGAUGAAUUCGGAAAAGGACUGGUCUGGGCUGAAGGGGAGACGAGCGGCAACGGUGGAGAUGGCAACGACUUGGCAACAGCCAGCGGUAGCGGCGCAAAGGUCGCCCACGGCGACCGAGCGAGAUACUUGGCAGAAGGGCCCGUCAGGACUUGGUCAGGUAGCGGGGGUGGUGCAGCUGGACCCUCCAAUUGGCAAAGUCCAAGCGCCCCCCCUUCGCGAAGCCUCACCCCUGGUGCUGCGCCUUCCUGGGAAGAUAGGUCCUCGGGCCAUCGUGGGCCUGGCAACAUGAGCGCCUCGACAUCUUCUAGCUCCAGACGUGCCUCCUCUUCCCAAUCCCAGAGAAGACUACCACAGCAAGCACAUCCGCUUUCGGAAUCUUCCUAUUCCUCCCAGCACGCCUCUCCCGCGGACCCCCUUUCAACCCCGACGAACCAUCAGAACGGCACAUUUGCAAGCCUGCAGAGUCCUCUGCAGCUAAUGUCUGAUGGUCCAAACGGCGCGCACGGACGUCAUGCGUCUGAUGCAGAUACUCUCAACACGGGACCUAGCAGUGUCGAAGGUGUAGGCGCCAACGGAUCCCCGAUCAUUGGCGCGUUCAGAAGUGCGGGGACGGGCAACUACAUUGCACGAGCGAAUGAGAACAUGCCCGAAUUGGCGAGCGGAAGCGCGAGCGGGUCUGGCAGUCAUAGCAGCCCGACAGAUCCUUCGACGGACAGUUCAGGCCGGCCCAGCGCUGCUGAUGAGGAAAGCAUAGACAGAGGGGAACGAUUUGCGGUGGGCAAGGAUGGAGUGUUGAGGUUGGGCGGCCCUGCUGUGCCUGAAAAGCAGCACGAGUCAGAGGCGCGUUCGAGUGGCAGUCGAAAAUCUUGGGGCUUCACCAACAUAUUGGGACGCGCCUGA